CAGACCGCGAAUGCGUCUGCACGUCUCAUUGGACCAUGGACCGGUGAGCUGCACCGCAGCCUGCAGCUAUGCGGCAUGAGACAGCAGGCUGAGCUGGCGACGGUGAUUGCCCGUCAAACCAUUCCAAACGCUGCACCACGAGGAAUCCUUCUCACGACAAUUGACCCUUCUACAUCCCCUCGCAGCGCCUCAGGAAGGAGACCGCUCGUGGCGAGAUGAACAGCAGCGACCCAUUGGACAACUUCGAUUUCAAUGCCUUCCUCAACCAGAGCAACGGCAUGCCUUCGAUCGAUGCCGACCUGAAUGAGGCAAUCUCGCCUCCGCCACCUCCAGGCGAGAAAGUGCCCGAUACGAGCAUCAGCAAAGGUCAGAUUGGAACUGAGAUUGCUGUUCGACAGCUCUACCGCAAGGACCCCACCGAGCCGUGGAAGCCUUGGAAAGCUGGCGAAGAUCCGGAUAUCAGCAAGCAUGCCGAGAGCCUCAAAUAUGCCUUGGUAGACCGACGCGAACGAAACAGCGAGUUUGACGAAGGGCUUUCACUACACUCGGUCACGGUGCAAAAUCCAGCGCUGCGUAGACUGCUGGCCACUGUGUUUGAAGGCUACCGCGGCUUUUCGAGCACCACCACCAAUCUCACUUUCAGGGCGCCAUUCCACGACUUCGUUCACUGUUGGACUCAAUACGAAACUGUCCAGGCCACCAUUCCCCACGACAGCACCGAGUCUCAAGUUUUCACCCUCUUCACAAGCAUCAUCGAGCCUGAGAUCCGACCUCUCUUGGCGCUCAAACAAGACAUUUUGCGAGAGGGACAGGCGGAAUUCCAGGACGCCUGGCUCGUCUUCACUCCGGAUACUGAGGUCGCCACAACGUUGGAGGAGGGAGAUCGGAUCUACAGCUUUUUGAGCAGCAGAUACACAUCUAUCCGAGACGAACUGUUUCUCGAGCUCACCGUUCGUCAUGUUGGUUACGACGGCGUGAAGUUCGGAUGGGAACAGGGAUAUCUUCUCAUCGGCGCCUACGAUGGACUUAAAGCUCUCCACGAUUUGGACGCUGUGCCACUGCAAUUCCACCCACGGCAGCAGGAGAUCAUUAGCGUGACGACAAGCAGAGGUCGCGACUUUGUGAACUUGCAAGGCUGGCAUUACAAAGCCUAUUCAGGUCGUGUGAUUCCAGCUGAUCAGCGGCGUCGUGUGCGUCAGAUUGACCACGGACGGAUCGUUGUUGAUACCGCCAUGUACUACUCGCAAACAGACACUCCGAGUUUGCUAUCUGCACUUGACCCAAGCGCAUUGCCUCCAAAAGACACUAUGCCACCGCGACCGGAUCCUUACUUCGACCCUUUUGCUGUCACUCCAAGACCUAAAGCGAAGAAGUCCUCGAAGAGAAGAAGGAAACAAGUAGAAGCUGCUCCCAUGAAACUAUCGGAAGACCUUUACCAUCUUUGCGCUCCAUUCGUCAAAGGCUACGAUAUGACAACUAAACAAUGGGCCACCUUCGCCGUCGACAACAUCGAUGACAUCACAUUCAGCGCAGCAGCUUUCAAGCACUUGUUCCUCCCGCACGACUACAAAGAUCUCAUCCUAGCUUUCGUCCAAUCACAUCUCAACAAAGAAGAUGCGUUCGACGAUGUCAUCGAGGGCAAGGGUCAAGGCAUGAUCAUGCUUCUCCAUGGCCCUCCCGGGCUGGGGAAGACAUUGACAGCGGAAGCCGUGGCAGAAGAGAUGAAGGUGCCACUGUAUGUCGUUAGCGCGGGACAAUUGGGCUUCGAUGUCGAAACCAUGGAGGAGAAACUCCAAGACGUGCUGGACAUAUGUGCCAAGUGGGGCGCGGUCUUACUCCUCGAUGAAGCAGACGUCUUUCUCGAACAGCGCCAACUCACCGACCUUCAUCGAAAUCGAUUGGUCUCAAUCUUUCUCCGCCUGCUGGAAUACUACCCCGGCUGCCUGUUCCUCACCACGAACCGCGUUGCAGCAUUCGACAGAGCGUUCAAAUCCCGCAUCGACCUCGCCAUCGACUACCCUCCUCUCGACUUCCGCGCCCGCCACCAUAUCUGGCAAACUUUCAUCCGGGCGUCGGAAGAUUUCCCACAACACUACAGCGGCAUCACAGAUGACGAAAUGUUUGAUCUGGCAGAAUUGGAACUCAAUGGGAGGGAGAUCAAGAAUUUGGUCAAGACUGGACGCCUGCUGGCAAAGAGUAAAGGGGAGCAGCUUGGAAUGGGACAUUUGAGGAGCGUGAUCUGUGUGCAGGCCGGGUUUGGAGGUGAUGGAAGCGGGUUGAGGUAUCCCGUGCCUGACUGGUUCCAGGCUGGGUUGGGUAGGUUGGUGGUACAGGCCACUAUGAGGGUGCGAAGAGGCAUAAGUUUUGCGUGAGAGCAGUGAAUGGACUCAACGCAGCUUUCUAUCGGCACCUUGUAUGCUCUUUCGGGCACGGAACGAUGGCCAGUAGAGCGGAAUAGUCUCGCUGCUUUGUACACUGCCCUGCAUCACCAGCACUUCCCAUAUUCCGC